CAUAAGGUUAGGGGUCAACUGGUCAGUACCCGGAAAAGCCAUGACAUACACCAAGGAGGCGUGAAAAAUCUCGGUAUACGUGCUCUGCGCCACGUCUUUAUAAGACAGGUAGUAAUAUACCGUAUCAGCAGGUUAUCAGACAUUCCGUGUAAGCUGUAGUAGCGUGUCCGCUCCCGCUGGUGACGAUGAGAGGCGUACAUCGUGUGCUGGCCGGCGUCCUGCGCCGCGGACCGCCCAGACUUGGGUCCGAGACUGGGGGCGGGUGUGUCCGCUACAGCGUCAAGUUCAGCUCAAGUGCAGCAGUCGGCGCCAAGUCACACAUACGGCCUGGAUAUGUCAUCCUCGGUGCAGGAUUGGCCUGUGGGACCGGUGCAGUGCUGUACUCAGCCCACCUGAGGAAGAAAACUCUCGCUGCCACUCUGGAAUCUGUGUUCAUGGCCCAGCCAAUCACAGACAUGACUGCCUUACAGCAGGGGUCAGACAUGCGCAGUCGGAUGGAGCUGCUCAUCCUGCAGGUGCAGCGGGACGUGUGUAUGGCUCUGGAGGAGCUGGAGGCUACUGAAGGUGACAAGAAGUUUACGGUGGAUCGGUGGGAGAGGAAGGAAGGAGGCGGUGGGAUCAGCUGUGUGUUACAGGACGGACAAGUGUUUGAAAAAGCCGGGGUCAACAUUUCUAUCGUACUAGGGAACCUCCCACCCGCCGCCGUGCGACAGAUGCGAGCCAGGGGCAAGGAUUUCAAGACCAAGGACGACAGCGGCCUUCCCUUUUUUGCGGCGGGAGUUAGCUCAGUCAUCCACCCACGCAGCCCGAAUGUCCCCACCAUCCACUUCAACUACCGCUACUUUGAGGUGGUGGAAGAGGACGGAACUCGGCAGUGGUGGUUCGGAGGUGGCACCGACCUGACGCCAUCUUACCUGGACAUAGAAGAUGUCGUGCACUUCCACUCCACACUCAAGGAUGCCUGUGAUAAACAUGACAAGUCUCUGUAUCCAAAGUUCAAAAAGUGGUGUGACGACUACUUCACCAUCCCCCACCGCGGGGAGCGCCGAGGGGUUGGCGGGAUCUUCUUUGACGAUGUUGAUGAACCAUCGCAGGAAGAAGCCUUCCGUUUUGUCAAGUCCUGCGCUGACUCGGUUAUACCUUCCUACGUGCCUAUUGUGAAGAAGCAGAUGACUCGGGGCUAUGGCCUGGCAGAACGCCAAUGGCAACUUCUACGCCGUGGAAGGUACGUGGAGUUUAAUUUGGUGUAUGACCGGGGCACAAAGUUUGGUCUGGCCACCCCAGGUGCCCGUAUCGAGAGCAUCCUGAUGUCGCUCCCCCUAGUGGCCAGGUGGGAGUACUGCCAUGACCCAGCACCAGGCUCACCGGAAGCGGAGUUGAUGGAAGUUCUCAAAAACCCCAGAGACUGGUGUAAGAGAGAAAACUUGCCCAUCCACAUGUGCAAACUUAAGUAUGCUAGCAAUAAAGAUUGCACGGAGCUGGUCAAGCAGGCAUUGGAACAGGGUCAUGACGUCACCGCUCUCGUCAGGAACGAGGCCAAGAUGAGGGAAAAGGUCCCGGAUGAGAAGCUAAAGGUUGAAACUGUCGAUGUGACGUCUGUAGAAUCCCUCACACCUCACUUCACGGGAAAGGACGCCGUGGUGUCGGCUUUGGGGCAUGUUGGAGAUCUUAAAGACACCGUGACCGUCUUCGAUGAGUCCAUGAGGGCCAUCGUACCGGCUAUGAGGAAGGUCAACGUCGGUCGUCUGCUUAUCUUGUCCGCAUGGUUCACCUUCGAUGACCCCAAAGAGCCAGCACCUCCGUUUGUCAUUCAAGUUCUGGGAAAUGUCCUGAAGGACAUAGCCAGGAUGGAGACCUAUCUCAUGGAGGAGUGUAGCGACCUGGACUGGACUUCGGCAAGGUUUCCUGGCCUGACGGCUGGACCUGUCACAGAGUUACCAUUUGCUGAGAAAGAAGAUGCGGUGCAAGUCUCCGGCGUUCAAGGCACCAUGAGCCGCGGAGAUGUCGCAAGGUUCGUGCUGGCCAACGUGUGUUCCGACAAGUACACACGCAAGGCUGUCGCCGUCACCACUCUCCAGAAUUAGACCAAACUAGAGUUCCAGGAUCUCAUACCUUCGCCAGAUGAUGUCAAUAACAUUUACGACUGACGAAGUUUAAAUGUUUCUAAUUAGUAUGGAAAUAAGAUACUCCUUUCAGUGUAUAGAUUAUAUCAGUUGAUCAUAUCCAAAUAAAGCUGUUCUAGCAUUUCUUCAUAAAUUGUGCAAACGCGGCCCUGAUUUUAAUAAAUCAUGUUUAGUGAUGUUCACCUUCAUUUAAGUUAACUUCCAAAUGCGCUAUGAAAUUCCCGACCGUUGCCAAUAUGAAAUGAUAACAUUUUCUCAUAAAAUUAAGGCCUCUAUUUACAAAAUUGAUAUUUGUUGUUGAUGUUCCUCCCGUUCUUGAUUUCAUAUGUCAUAAAUCUAAAAAUAAAUAAAUGGUAGUUUGAUGAGUUAUUUUUUCAGGCUUCACGAUAUCUAGAAAUGACGUAACUGUAACCAAUGCUUGGAAAUGGUAUAAAAGUGAGAGGGCGAUUAGACACGAAUGUUUCAUCAAGACUUUGAUAAACAUGAGUUUCAGCAAUUAUAGUAGAAAAACUAAAGGCUACACAAUGACCAUAGAAAAAGAGUUUCAAAUGUGCAAAGUUUUACUAAUAAAGCAUACACCGUUUCACCAA